AACAUCUUCAAAUCUAUCUUUGACCAUCGUACUCUUUUCUCUCUCUCUCUCUCUCUCACUCAUUCCUCCUCAUCAUCAUCAUUAUCAUAAUCACACCCUCUUCACCUUUUCGCCGCUGUAAUUGCAGACUCACUCUGUUUCUUUUCUUUUCUUUUCUUUCCAAUCCAAACAAACAAAACAUUCAUCCACCACCACCACACAAAUCAUUCACUUCUUCUUUCUUUCUCUCUCUCUCACUCCCACUUCAACAUAUAUAUACCCAAUACCCUCCUCCUGAAACAACCUCAAACUCAACAACAACAAAAAAACCUUAUUCUUCUUCUUCCUCCGAUUCAUUCAUUUAUCAACAUCAUUCAUAACUCUGAUCCAACGGCUCUGAUCUCCUCGUUUCUUUUAAUCGUACGGCCAGGAGUCCUUUAUCUCUGCCUCUUCAUCAACUAUCUCUCCUUUCUCUUUCACUCUCUCUCUCUCUUCUCUCUCUUUACGUAACGUAAGUUGUUUGUUGGUUACUAUCUCUCUAUCUUCUUUCUCUAGUAGUAGUAUUUAUAACGCGCUUUUUUCAUUAAUCUCUUUUUCAUUACGUACAAAUAUAGCCUAAUGUUGCAGAAUCUACUUCCUACCUAUGUUAUGAGGUGAUCUAUUGAGGCACAUAUAACUUCUGGGCUAUCUGCGUGGUAUCUUCAAAUGAUCUUAUUUCUUUGAUUUCAAUUGUUGUUAGAAAGUAGCUUCUCCGGAACAAUAAACAUGGAGUCCAAUGGUCAUAGAAGAGCAAAGAGAUAUGAUUGUGUCAUUAAAGAAAAUGGUGAUUCCCAUUCAUCAAAUGAUGAUGAGCAUGAUCCAUGGACUGCGUGGGCAUACAAGCCUCGAACGAUCACACUAUUACUUAUUGGUGCUGGCUUUCUUAUUUGGGCAAGUGGAGCACUUGAUCCUGAAAGAGAUGCAUCAGGCGAUGUUGUUACUUCGGUUAAAAGGGGUGUAUGGGCAAUGAUUGCUGUUUUUCUCACUUAUUGUUUGCUGCAAGCUCCUUCUACGGUUCUCAUUAGGCCGCAUCCUGCAAUUUGGCGCUUGGUACAUGGGAUAGCUGUUGUAUACCUUGUUGCUCUCACCUUUUUGCUUUUUCAGAAACGGGAUGAUGCUCGACAGUUCAUGAAGUAUCUUCAUCCUGAUCUCGGCGUUGAACUUCCUGAAAGAUCUUAUGGUGCUGAUUGUCGUGUAUAUCUACCUGAAAACCCUGCAAGCAGGUUUAAGAAUGUUUAUGAGACACUUUUUGAUGAGUUUGUUGUAGCACACAUUAUUGGAUGGUGGGGGAAGGCAAUAUUGAUUCGUAAUCAGCCCCUUCUUUGGGUGCUAUCAAUUGGUUUUGAGUUCAUGGAGCUUACUUUCCGUCACAUGUUACCGAAUUUCAAUGAAUGCUGGUGGGACAGUAUUAUUCUGGACAUAUUGAUCUGCAAUUGGUUUGGAAUUUGGGCAGGAAUGAAUACUGUCCGGUACUUUGAUGGGAAAACAUACAAGUGGGUUGGUCUUAGCCGCCAGCCUAAUAUUAUAGGAAAAGUGAAACGAACGUUAGGUCAAUUCACGCCAGCUCAGUGGGACAAAGAUGAGUGGCAUCCGUUGCAGGGUCCAUGGCGAUUUAUUCAAGUCCUAAGUCUUUGCAUUGUAUUUUUGACUGUAGAGCUCAAUACAUUCUUUUUGAAGUUUUGUCUAUGGAUACCUCCGCGAAAUUCAGUUGUUAUAUAUAGGUUAAUUUUGUGGUGGUUACUUGCAAUUCCAACAAUUCGCGAGUACAACACAUACCUUCAAGACAGCAAGCCAGUGAAAAAGGUUGGAGCUUAUUGUUGGCUCUCUCUUGCUAUUUGUAUCGUCGAACUUCUGAUCUGCAUCAAAUUUGGACACGGCUUAUAUCCCAAGCCAAUGCCUUUAUGGCUGGUAAUUUUGUGGUCAUCUGUUGGAGUUGGCAUUAUUACAUUUUUGGUUCUAUGGUCUUGGCAACUUCAUAGGAGUCUAGAGAGAAAGAGGAGAUAAUUUAAUUUUUACUACUAUUGUAGUAGUGCAUUUUAUUAUUACUACUAUUCUUUGAUUUGAUUCCUUCCUAAUUUUUAUGGAUUUUCAUAGAGCCAUACAAUGUGUAAAUACUAUCCAAUCAACAACAUCCUCAUAAUUGUAAAUGUUUGCCAUAUUAUUCUUCUCUUAA